GCCUGCAGGUAGGCUUGAUCAUUAGGUUUGGUUCCAACAAUGGCUCAGGGUUUAAGUAAAUUUUUACAGAAUCAAAAUGACACCAAGAUAUUUUGUCUCACAUCUUGUACAUCAUUACUUAUUUGGCUGAACUCGGCACUUUGGCUGAAAUCUAGAUCUAAAUCAAAAAAGAAGUUGGAGCUUGUAAUUGGUCAAGAAAAGAAUGGCACCACAAAUAAAAUUCAGGUUGAUGGGAAAUUCUUCAGCUCCCUCCGUAAACUGCUGCGUGUUCUGGUGCCCGGGCCUGUCAGUAAAGAGAGCGGCUACAUGGCACUCAUUGCGCUCAUGCUCGUCUUGAGGAGCAUUUGUGACAUCUGGAUGAUCAAUAAUGGCACCCUCAUUGAGAGUGCCAUCAUAUCGAAAAACCGCCAGACAUUCAUCAAGUACUUGGUUGACUUGUUCCUUGCCAUGCCUACGAUUUCUCUGGUCAACAACCUCCUCAAGUUUGGGCUGAGCUCCUUGAAACUGAGAUUUCGUGCUCGUCUCUCCAGCCAUCUGUACAUUAAUUACCUCAAAGGGUUCACAUACUACAAAAUGAACAACCUUGACAACCGCAUCACCAAUGCGGACCAGCUGCUGACGCAAGAUGUGGACAAGUUCUGCGACUCAGUUGUGGACUUGUACUCUAACAUCAGUAAACCCAUCCUCGACAUCGCCAUUUAUGUCCACAAACUCACUCAGACCAUCGGGGCCCAGGCCCCUGCAGUGAUGCUGGCAUACCUAGUGUUCUCCGGCUCAGUGCUAACUCGCCUGCGCCGUCCGUUGUCGCGACUCACGGCGGAGGAGCAGCGGCUGGAGGGCGAGCUGCGCUACGUCAACUCGCGCCUCAUCACCAACUGCGAGGAGAUCGCCUUCUACAACGGCAACCGCAGGGAGAAGACUACCAUUGACGCCGCUCUAUCUAGACUUAUCGAGCAUCUGCAGAGUGCAAUCAGCUUCCGUUUCACCAUGGGGUUUGUAGACAACAUUAUUGCGAAGUACAUGGCGACGUGCGUGGGAUUCUGUGUUGUUUCUUACCCUUACCUGGUGAACUCCAGUCUCUCACAGGGCGACCACAAGCACAGGAUGGAGUUUUACUACAAGAGCGGCCGCAUGCUGGUGAGGCUGGCCCAGGCUGUGGGCCGCGUGGUGCUGGCAGGGCGUGACCUCACAAAACUUGCGGGGUACACGGCGCGUGUAGAGGAGCUGCGCACCGUCCUCGCCGACCUCAACUCCGGCAACUACAGCAGGACCAUGGUGGCCCAGGGCAGCGUGAGCGGGGCUCUCGUAGGCCGCGGCAGCGUCGUGAUAGCGGACAACCUCAUCAAGUUUGACCGCGUGCCGCUGGCCACGCCCAACGGCGACGUGCUCAUCGACGAGCUCUCCUUCGAGGUGCACUCGGGCGUCAACGUUCUUGUGUGCGGCCCCAACGGCUGCGGCAAGUCCUCCCUCUUCAGGAUACUGGGCGAGUUGUGGCCCGUUUUUGGAGGCACCGUGACGAAGCCCAGCGCAGGCAACCUCUUCUACAUUCCGCAGCGUCCCUACAUGACCAUAGGCACUCUCCGCGACCAGUAUCACUGUACUGUUCACGUGUCCCAGGUGAUCUACCCCGACAUCGAGAGCGUCGUGCCUGACGACGAGCUGCUGGAGCUGCUGGCGCGCGUGCAACUCACGCACAUCGUGGAGCGCGAGGGCGGCUGGGACGCCGUCGCCGACUGGAUGGACGUCCUCAGCGGCGGCGAGAAGCAGCGUAUCGCUAUGGCGCGCGUGUUCUACCACCGGCCGCAGUUCGCUAUCCUGGACGAGUGCACGAGCGCCGUGAGCGUGGACGUGGAGGACGCCAUGUACCGCCACUGCAGGCAGCUCGGCAUCACGCUCUUCACCGUCAGCCACAGGAAGAGCCUCUGGAAACAUCAUCAGUAUUACUUCCACAUGGACGGUCGUGGCUCGUACGAGUUUCGGCCCAUCGAAGACGACACGCGCGAGUUUGGCUCCUGAAGAGUUUGGCUCCUGAAGAGUUUGGCUCCUGAAGAGUUUGGCUCUUGAAGAGUUUGGCUCCUGAAGAGUUUGGCUCCUGAAGAGUUUGGCUCCUGAAGAGUUUGGCUCCUGAAGAGUUUAGCUCUUGAAGAGUUUGUCUCCUGAAGAGUUUGGCUCCUGAAGAGUUUGGCUCCUGAAGAGUUUGGCUCCUGGAGAGUUUGGCUCCUGAAGAGCUUUACCCUCGAAGUCGCCUGCUUCUCCUCACUCUGUGAUCGUGUCAGGUCUUAUUGUGUUGAAUGACUAGCUUUAUUUAACGCUCUGUGGUCUGAUCGUUGGGUUGUUUAAUUGAGACUUCCAAUAUAUGGGAAGAAAUGUCUCUUCACUUUAUUUAGUUCAGUCUUAUUAAUGUUCACAACACUUGGGUUCUCAACCGCAACGAUGUGUAGUGAACUGCUCCGCAUUGCUAGUAAAUUGGUCGAUUUUAAUGCCUUCAGGUCCCUUCACCUUGCGAAGCUGUGCUUGGUAAGUUUGAAUACAAAUUAUUGUCACAAGCGAUGGAUUUUAUACAGACCAUUAAUUAGUUAAUUAUUCUUCUUUAGCGGUAAUUGACUUCUCACAUCGAUUGCAGCUAAUUAUUAUGGCAACUGUUCCAUAAAACGAUAAUGAUGAUAAUUAGCAAAAUAGCACCACUGACAUUACGGUAAUCAUUGGCUGUAUUUAAAUCCGUUUAUUGCAAUAAAGCUUUAGUUCAAAUUUCUUCCAAAUAUAAUCUAAAAUUGUGGCUAACUAUUUAUAUAUAGUUUCUUCUAUUUAUAUAGUUUCUAUAGUUUCUUUCAGUGUCAGAUAGAACGUUAUGGCUAAACUUACAAUUGACUAUUUCUGAUUAUCGUCUAUUUAAUUUUAGAAUUCAGUGUUCUUCUAAGAAUGAAAUAACUACGUCAAAAUAAUGCUUCAGGUUUUGUUUAAAAAAGUGUUGUUUUAAAUAAAUAGUUUUGCAGCUAAAGAGAAGAAGCUUCGUUGUUAAUGAGUUUUAGAUGAGCUCGUUAGGAAAGCUCAAAUAUUAUUACUAUUUUAAAUGGGUAACUGAAAUUCUUGUUGUGAUAGUAUCGCUUUAUACAAUAUGGUGCCAUAUUUCAUUAAGCAUUCAUGUACCUCAUUAAAUUGCUAGUAUACACCGUGUAAAGUGAUGGAAGUUUGUCUCGAAAAAGUGACAGUAAGAAUUCGACUGAGCGACGACUCUCUUGGACCCCCCGUUAUCAUAAAAUUUUUGUCAUGCAUAACAUACGUCGUGGUUAUUUUAA